AUGUGCGAUUGCAAUAAAGACUGUUCAAGAUCCACUGGAAACAAAGUGCCUGUACCCACCUACAAACCUAUGCAUCGCGAAUGCAAAGAACAAGCUCCUUGUGAUCCAAUGACAAGGCCCUGCAGCCCCUGUAGGCCUUGUUGCAAGGUGACCCCAGCCCCAACACCAAAGCCACCUUAUGAGCAGAAAGAUCCAUUCGCACCUUGCGGAUCAUGCGAUCGGGUUGAACGUUUCGAUAGAUGGUCAAAGACGAAGUAA